AUCGGUAAUCCAGAAGAAGUUUCCCCUCAGUUAGGGGGGAGCUCCACUUUGAAGCAGGAGACUCCACAACCACCCUGCAUUAAAAAGGAAGAGGAGGAACUCUGCAUCACUCAGGAGGGAGAGUGUCUUCUAGCACGAGAGGAAGCUGAUUACACCAAGUUUCCACUGAGUAUUCUCUCUGUGAAGACUGAAGAUGAUGAAGAGAAACCACAAGUAGACAACUUCUUAGCUCCACUAUCAGAUAGUGAGGCUGAAGACGAGGUUGAAGAACCUUUGAGCAGCGAUACAGACUGUGAAGGUGAUAUGAGGACUCACACUGACAACAAACACUCUGAAUGCUCUACAAAGAAGAGAGGUAAAACAUGUUUGAGCUGCUCAGUUUGUGCUGAAAGUUUUACUAAAAAGAGCAGUUUGACUCUACACAUGAGAACACACACAGGUGAAAAACCCUUUAAUUGUUCAGUUUGUGGCAACAGCUUUUCUGGAAAUGGCUCAUUGACUCAACACAUGAGAACACACACAGGUGAAAAAACAUUUAAGUGUUCAGUUUGUGGCAACAGCUUUUCUCAAAAUAGAAAGUUGACUCGACACAUGAGAACACACACAGGUAAAAAACCCUUUAAUUGUUCAGUUUGUGACAAAAGCUUUUUUAAUAAGAGCAUUUUGACUCAACACAUUAGAACGCACAGAGGUGAAAAACCCUUCAAUUGUUCAGUUUGUGGCAAAAGCUUUUCUCAAAAUAGCAAUUUGACUCAACACAUGAGAACGCACACAGGUGAAAAAACAUUUAAGUGUUCAGUUUGUGGCAAACGCUUUUUUAAUAAGAGCAUUUUGACUCAACACAUGAGAACACACACAGGUGAAAAACCCUUUAAUUGUUCAGUUUGUGGCAACAGCUUUUCUAUUAAGAGCAUUUUGACUCGACACAUGAGAACACACACAGGUGAAAAAACAUUAAAGUGUUCAGUUUGUGGCAAAAGCUUUUAUUUUAAGAGCAUUUUGACUAAACACAUGAGAACACACACAGGUGAAAAACCCUUCAAUUGUUCAGUUUGUGGCAAAAGCUUUUCUCAAAAUAGCAAUUUGACUCAACACAUGAGAACGCACACAGGUGAAAAAACAUUUAAGUGUUCAGUUUGUGGCAAACGCUUUUUUAAUAAGAGCAUUUUGACUCAACACAUGAGAACACACACAGGUGAAAAACCCUUUAAUUGUUCAGUUUGUGGCAACAGCUUUUCUAUUAAGAGCAUUUUGACUCGACACAUGAGAACACACACAGGUGAAAAAACAUUGAAGUGUUCAGUUUGUGGCAAAAGCUUUUAUUUUAAGAGCAUUUUGACUAAACACAUGAGAACACACACAGGUGAAAAACCAUUUAGUUGUUCAGUUUGUGGCAAAAGCUUUUCUAUUAAGAGCAAUUUGACUCCACACAUGAGAACACACACAGGUGAAAAAACAUUUAAGUGUUCAGUUUGUAGCAAAAGCUUUUCUUUUAAGAGCAGUUUGACUAAACACAUGAGAACACACACAGGUGAAAAACCCUUUAAUUGUUCAGUGGUGAGUACAAACAAUUAA